CUGUGGCUGGAAAAUUAACUAAAUAUGUCGAACGUGUGGUUAUGUAGUAUUUGUUUUGUUUUCUCAGCACUGACGCUGAAGGCCUUGUUAAGGCAUAUUACUUUGCAACAUGCAUCCCAUCCAAAUUUUAAGAUUAAAUGUGGAAUCAAUGGAUGCCCAGAGCAGUAUAAUAAAAUGAAUUCUUUCCGAAGACACAUUCAUCGGAAACACGAGGAGGAAAUGUCUGCUGCGGAGACAUCCAAUUUGCUGCCAAACGACAGUCAGGGAGACAACCAUACACUUGAAAUGAGUAGCAACAACUCUUCGGAAACGUCGACUGAUACUGAUAGCGAGGAUGACAACCCAACUGUUGAGGUUGAUGUCAAUCAAACUGAUAAAGCUGUAGACCUCAAGCAAUGUUCUGCUCAGUUCUUGCUUAAACUUCAAGCACGGUCUAAGAUACCAAAGGUAAUGUUGAAUGGGAUUGUGGAAAGUACUAGCAACUUAAUUGAGCAAGUAAAAGAACACCUAAAACAAAAGGUAUUGAAUUGUGUAGAAAACGGUGCUGACAAAUUGACUGAGGAAUCCGUUGAAGAAAUUUUCAAUUCUUUCGAGGACCCAUUUAGCAAACUUAAAACAACUUACUUGCAGUCUUCAUUUUUGGAAAGCAGCGUCAACUUUAUCAAACCAAUCCAAUAUGUCCUGUCCACUAGAAUCACAUAUAAAAACAAGGGCUCAAAGCGUCUUAUUUGUGAACAAGAUGACACAAUGGUGUAUAUUCCCAUUCUUGAUAGUCUACAGCAACUCUUGUCAAAUUCAAAGAUAGCAGAUGUUAUAACCGCACCACGCCAAGUAUGCAAAGAAGGUUUUUUAUUUGACAUUUGUGACGGUGAAUGUAUAAAGCACAAUAGAAUCUUCAUAGAGCACCCAAAUGGAUUAAUAAUUAUUCUUUACCAUGAUGAGAUUGAAGUCUGCAAUCCGUUGGGCACACAUGUAGGCAAGCACAAAAUCGAUCUUUAUUAUUAUACACUUGGAAACAUUGGCCCCAAAUAUAGGUCAAAGCUUUGUGCCAUUCGGCUACUGGCUAUUGUGAAGGCUAAAGAUGUUUCAAUGUACGGUCAGAAUAAGAUUUUAACCCCAAUAAUUAAUGACCUACAUACACUGGCAAAUGGCUAUACAUUUGUGGUAGGUGGAAAUUUUAUGGAGUUGUUUGGUGGCGUAGUCAGUUGCCUUGGUGACACCGAAGGGCAGCACCAGUGGGGAGGAUUCAAAGUAAAGGUUGGUUUUUCUCACCAGAAAUGUCGAAAUUGUUUAUGUACAUUUCUAAGCAUGCAAGAGAAUUUCAGGGCUAGCUGUUUUACUGAAAGAAACUUAGUCCAGUAUCGUCAACACUGCGAAGAUAUUGAAACAGCUCCAACAGAAGAAAGCAGGAAAAAUCUGGUGACCACAUAUGGAAUUAACGAAAGAAGUGUAUUGAGCCGCUUACCUCAAUUUGACAUAACGAAACAGCUUCCCCAAGACAUAAUGCAUGUCCUUUUGGAAGGGUCUGUUCAAUACGAAGUCCGCUAUGCAUUGCAAUAUUUUAUUGAUAAUGGAUCUAUAACAUUGCAACAAUUGAACAGUACGUUUUGCCAACUUAAGCUUGGGUACCAAGAUGAAGCUAACCCGUCCUCCGCCUUUAAGAGAAACAGUGUUUAA